AUGACGCCGCAGAAGCAUUCUCUGGGUGGCCCCUUCCCCACCACAUCUCACCACUGCCCCCAGAAGCCCAACAAGAGAUGUCUGCCUAUCCAGCAGUGUGGGGGCAGCCUGUCCUCCUUUCCCCUGCUCUUCCACCCAAGUGCCAAGGGCUCCCAGAUCGUCAUGGACGUGGCCCAGAGGACCGUCAAGAGGCAGGCCAGCUUCUGCAACGCCAUCACCUUCAGCCACCGGCCAAUCGCCCUGUUCGAGCAGGUCCGCCUCAAGAUCACUAAGAAGCAGUGCUGCUGGAGCGGAGCCCUGCGUCUGGGCUUCACCUCCAAGGACCCAUCCCGCAUCAACCCAAACAACCUGCCCAAGUACGCCUGCCCAGACCUUGUCUCCCAGAAUGGAUUCUGGGCCAAGGCCCUGCCCGAGGAGCUGUCCAACGAGGGCAACAUCAUCUCCUUCUGGGUGGACAAGAAGGGCCGGGUCUUCUACCGCAUCAUUGACUCCAGCCCCAUACUGUUCUUCAGCGGGGUCCAUGUCUCUGAGCCACUCUGGGCUCUCAUAGAUGUCUACGGCCUGACACGAGGGGUCCAGCUACUGGACAGUGAGAUGGUGCCUCUCGACUGCCUGCGUCCUCGCUCCUUCACGGCGGCCCACCAUACGUCCCUAUGGCGGGACCAAGACGACCCUCGCCUUUCUAUCAGUCUGUGUGACCUCAGCCACCAGCAGGAGCAGGAGGAAGAGGAGCGCCUGCACCCCUUUAGCUCCAACUCCUGUUCCAUCCCCCAGAACUCCCUCAACUCCCAGCAGUGCUCCCUGCUCCCCUCGCUCCUUGACAGCGACCUCCACUUCCACCCACUCCGAGGUGCCCACGUCAAGGCCCUCGAUGAGAACACGGUGUCCCGGGGCGUGGAGCACCGCAGCGGUGACGAAAGGACCUUGGUUUUCACCAGCCGGCCACUGCGUUGUGGAGAGAGUGUGUUUGUGAAAGUGACCAAGGUGGGUGCCACGCAUCUCGGGUCGCUCUCCUACGGCGUGACGUCAUGUGACCCGGCCGGGCUUCGGCCCAGUGACCUGCCAUACAGCCCGGAGUCCCUGGUCGACCGCAAGGAAUUCUGGGCGGUGUGUCGGGUGGGGGCGCCCCUGCAGAACAGUGACAUCUUGGGUUUCGUGGUGAACAUGGAGGGGGAGGUGUUUCUGAGCCUCAAUGGGAUCAACGCUGGGAUGCAGGUGUGUGUGGACAACUCCAGACCUCUAUGGAUGUUCUUCGGUCUUCAUGGAGCCGUCACACACCUCAGGAUCCUAGGCUCGUCUCUGAAUGCAGACCCUCGGGGGCCGUCAAUUCCCAGCUCCCCAUUCUGCACCCCUAACACCCCCACAUUGCGCUGCAGUGGCAGCUCCGAGUCCAAACUCAAUUCCAACCUGAACAUCAACCUCAACACCAGCCUCAACGCCAGCUUCCCACGAGCCUUCAGCAGCUCCACAGGUACGACUCCCAGCUCACCAUUCUCCAGCCACCCAGAAUCCCCCACUUUCCAAUCGUGCUCGGGCUCUUGGAGAGACGAGUGCACCAUCUGUUAUGAGAACGUGGUGGACACGGUGCUGUACGCCUGUGGUCACAUGUGUCUCUGCUACGCCUGUGGCCUCAAACUGAAGAAGAUGGCCAAUGCCUGCUGCCCGAUCUGCAGAAGGACUAUCAAAGACAUUAUAAAGACCUACCGGAGCACGUAGGAUCGGCCUGGCUGUGUAACACCGUGGCUCAUUCACCAAGAUCAUCAAAGAAAACAUUGAGGCCUAUCAGUGCAUGUAGGGCUGACCUGUCUGUGUCACCUAUGGCUCAGCUACAGUAGGAGAGGUUCAUCAAAGACCACCAGAGACAUCAUUGAGACCUAUUGGAGCAUGUAGGUUUGGCCUGUCUCAAUAUGGCUCAGCAACACUGAGAUUCAGCAUCAUGCAGUUGGACCAUUAAAGAUAUCAGAAAAACAUGUUGGGGCAGAUAAGGCUGGCAUUUUACCAUGAGCUGUCUGCUGUACAGUGGAGGCUGCUGAGGGGAGGACGGCUCAUACUAAUGGCUGGAACGAUAUUACUCACUAACUGUAAUACCAUUCCACCUAUUCCGUUCCAGCCAUUACCACAAGUGCCACUAACCUCCUGUUCAACUGUCCCAGGUUUGUGAUAGACCAUUAAAGAUAUUGUAAAGAGACACAGGAAGAGGCAAUGCUGGCCUCCACUGUGUCACUAUGGCCCAGAUACUAGAUUGGGCUCAGCCACAAUGGAGGUGGACUUAACCAGGAGGGAUCUGGCUCACUCACUGCAAAACAAUAAUCUUCCACCCCACUGGUGAUAGCAUCGCUGCUAGGUCAUUUCAGUGACAUGAAUCUCUCCAGAGCGUUGAAGGCAGCAGGGGGAACUAUCAAUCUAUGUUUUUAUCAGCACCCUGGACCUAUCAUUCAGAAUGUUGCAGUUAGAAAUGGAUUGUACAGCACAGACAAUAUCAUGAGAGCUGGAGAAUUGUGUCUGUACAAUAAAUGUCCAUCUGUGACGCUCUGAAUGUUCCGACUGGUUGAAUAAUACCCUUUGGACAAGUGACUAAUGAAUGAAGAGGACAGCUUUUUAUAGUUUGUUAGUUUGGAGAAGAAAGUGAUAUUGCCAUGAAAAAGGGAUGGUGUAAUCAGAGGAAGUAUUUUACCUGUGAAUAGCGAGGAGUAUAGUAAUUAGCUGUGUGCCUAUGUUGCACGAAUAACCCAAUCUCAAAGACACUGUACACUCCAAAAGGGUUCUUCGGGUGUCCCCAUAGGAGAACCCUUUUUGGUUCCAGGUAUAACCAUUU